AUAAUUUUUCUGAGAUCUAGAAUCAGCCAAAUAUAAAUAUCCACUAAUGAGAAAUUGAAAGAACUGGUUUCAUAACACGUGCAAAAUGCAUAAGUGACCAACAAUACCUCACUGAUGCACAGACAGGAAAAUCUUGGACACAGUUAGGAUUAAAUGUUCUGAGCACUUUCAGCAAAUAUGCAUUCAGAAUAAUCUAAAAACAUAUAAAUCUGGCUUUGACUUGGCCGUCUGUAUUACGUCAGUCACACCCACACACACUCAUCACUGAUGUCACCAUCUCAUGCACUGGAGAGACAAUUCGUUUUUCUGUGAGUGUUUGAACAGCUCAGUGCAAAACUGUGAAAGAAUCUGUCAGCUGUGUGUUUGUGUGUGUGUUGGUCUAGUUAAGUUUUUUUUUUUAUUGUUCUGACUGCUUAAUAAAUGAAAGUGUUUAUUCUCCAUGUGACAGAAGCCCAGCCAGAAUGAAAUGCUCACUGUAAUAUUUGUUCCUGUCCUGUUCAGCAUCUGUGGUCACUUAAUAUUUUCUGGCGUAUGUCAUUUUGGAUUUAGAAUUAUAAUGGGAUGCAAGGCUACCAGAGUUUCAACAUAAACACUUGACUUUGUGGCUCUGUUUGACUAAUGAGAUGUUUGGCAGAAUGUUCACACUGCUCUUUCCAUUCAAUGAAAGUGAAUGGGGACAGAUGCUAGCAAACUCCAAAAAUGACCAAAAAAAGCACCAUAAAAGUAGUCAGUUAAAAAAAAUGAUCACACAGUUUUCGUAUUUAGGUGAACUCUUAAUUUUUGUCUCUUACUGUUCAUAUUUAAUAUUCUGUGUUGUGUGUCUGUGUGUCUUAGAGUGAUCUGUCCUGAGGGAUUCUUGUAACUGUGGCGUUAUAAGGUGUUACAGUGUAGACAGAAGGUGAAAGGCAGUCUUUGCCCAUGUCCCUCCCAGCUAACAGAAGGCCAUCUGCUGGUUCUCGCAGAAAGCCUACGGCCCCAAGCAGCACUCAACACUCCCAUGGAGACUUGUCUGUCCGUAGCAAUUACUCAACAGCAUCCUGCAAGUGCACAGAGAGCAAUACUGCACCACGCUCCAACCCAGCCACUCCACGACGACAGGUGAAGUAUGAAGCCUGUGGUGAAAAUCACGGGAUCCGUCCACCUGCCCCUGAGCAGUAUCUCACCCCACUGCAGCAGAAGGAAGUCUGUAUUCGUCACUUACGAGCUCGGCUGAAAGAGAAUGUGGAGAGGCUUCAGGACCGAGACUCUGAGAUUGAGGAUUUACGGAUGCGGCUGACUCAGAUGCAGGCGGACUGGAUCGAGGAGGAAUGUCAUCGCAUUGAGGCCCAACUGGCCUUAAAAGAGGCCCGGAAAGAGAUCCAGCAGCUUCAGCAGGCUGUGGAAACCGCACAGUCAAAUCUAGGGGUCAAUGAGUCAGAUCAACAGGACUGUAAGUCUGAAGCUCUGGGUGUAUGUAGGGUAGGGCCACGAUUUGGGGCGUCUAGGUCUUGUGGCUGCUCUCCGGCCCAUACCAUGAGUCGCAGUGCCACCUUCACCAGACUGAGUAGUGAGACAUCACCUGGCACCACCGACCGUAAUGGAAACGUACCUUCUGACCGCUACAUUCCCGCCAACAGAGGGGCGAUGACAUUACCGAGAGGUGAUGGGCGCACUCAUCUCCUUUUAGAAGCAGCUCGACUGUCUGAGCAAGUCCCACACUCAACGCUAUGCUCCGCUUUGACAUGCUCCUCCACCUGUGAGAGAUUGUGUAUCGGAGAGACAGCGUUGCCCGUUAGUCCAUCUUGCCAUGUUGUGAACAACUGCAGCUGUGGUCCACACGCCUACCUCCCUCACCACCAUCUAUUUUUGCAUCUCCCACAGGAGGAAGCACCUCCUCCUCCUCAACCGACCCCACCAACAGCACCAACUAGUGCAUCAGAGGUCAGCGACAGGCCAGGCUUCCGAUCACAGGCCUGCAGCCCCACCAUAACCUGGAUCUCUGAAGGAGGUGGAGGCGAGGAUCUGAGCGUCAUCACUUCAGCAACCUGCACACAGGACGUUACCCUAGCUAAGCCACAGGUGUUUUCACCAUCUUCUGCUGCUACUUCCCCAGCUCAGAUGUCUUCCAUCACUGAACCUUUGCCGCUAGAAGACACCAUUGAAUUUACAUCAUCAACAACGACACCUAUGGUGUUGACCAAGUCUCAGGUUCAGCAACCUUGUCCCAGGGCGUCACUACCUUUAGAGUUGCCGCCACAGGAGGCGACGAUAGUAAAGGUCAAUGAUGAAGAUGGAGUGGGUGGCGCUUGUGCAACGAAUGAGGAGGCAGAAUCAGCUCCCCCUGAGAGGAGUCACUGGAGCCGUUACUUCCUGAUUGACCUGCUAGCGGUGGCUGUACCUGUUGUUCCAACACUGGCAUGGCUUUGCCGAGGAGCACAGAAUGAAGGUAUGCCCGUGUACAACAUGGGCUCCCUGCUGCGUGGCUGCUGUGCCAUUGCGCUGCACUCUCUAAGAAGAGUUGGCAGGGGCUGUGGUCCCUCGGGAACAGGCAGAGCGACACCUAUCUAAAAAAUUCUGCAUUACGGUACCAUCAGAAACAUUUAACUUUGUUUUGAGUGGACUCUUUGUCCUUGAUUUCCCAGCUAGGUAAUAUUUUUGAACCAAAGAGGCCUAAAUCCAUCACACCAAUGCUUGUUUGUGACAAAGAUCUUGGGAAUGUGGCCCUAAUUUGCACAGACAUUGACCAGUUUCAAGGCUCUUGCUCAUUUCCAUCAUUUGUUUUCAUUUAAGGCCCCUCUUGUCUGCUUUAUUUCCUCCCAUUCCAGGCUGAAACUGAGCAGGCAGUACAUACACAAAAAUAGCUGCAAACAGCAAUGAGCGGAAUCCAAGUUGACCAGAGAAACGGCAAAAAAAAACAAAACAAAAAAAAUUAGCGCACAACUAUAUUUCAGUACACAGUUCAGGCCUUCAUAAAAAAUAAACCACUCUGAAAUAAGAAAGCAAUCGCAGUUAUACGAGAGACUUGAAUCUAACACAGCUAUGUAGAAAUCUGUUGCCUGGGACAACCGUCAGUUACUGUAUACAAAUUAGUGAUCAUAAUAAAAAAAAUAUUUGACCGCAG